CUUUUCUCCUUUAUACCGCUUAUUAUUUAUACAUAUCUUUUUUUUUUUCUUUUUUGUCUUACCUUUGUUCUCUUCCUCUUAUUUUAUUCAUGGUCAGCUAUUUUAGUUCCAAUAGGAUAAAAUCAAAGUUAAACCAGAAUGGAAGUACCUGAAUCACAAAGUGAUCAUCACCAACCUCAUUUACCUUCCAAGACAUCGCAAUAUCAUGCUCAACUUUAUUCUGAACAAAAACGACUACAAAAUCAAAUGUUACAACAAACUUCCACAAUAAAUGAAACUACAACACAACGACAGAUCACUUUACCCACACUUACCUUUGAAACUCCCAAUUUAUAUCGAACUUCCCUCAAACUAUCCAAAGAAAUCAAUAUUCAUGGUUGGUGGGCGACAAUUGUUGAACUCUUUAUAACUGGUUCAUUCCAUGCUUCCCGUGUCACACUAUGCAUUCCACAAGAUUCAAGUGAUCCAUUCAAUGGACCAUGGGGUCUCAAAGCAGUUUAUGAUAGCAAUAAUAUCAACCUUACUACUAAUAUCAACAAAAAUUUAUAUUCUCAAUACACAACUAGUAAUAACGACAAUGAUAUUUCACCGAAACAAUCACAAACAACAACAACAACAACAACAACACAGAAAUGCUUUGAUCAUCUUCAACCUUUAGAUGCCGAUCCUGUACCUCUUAUCAACAACUCUAGUAUACAUCAAAUACUUGAACGAAAUGAUAUUGUCGUUCUCUCCCGGGAAUAUCGACCUCAAUCCAGUAUGUCACCUUAUCCUCCUUUACGCUUAUUGAAAAAACCUUUGGAUGAAAAUCAAGAUAUGAUCAAACGAGCUUUAUUGGAAAAAAGAUCCUCUUUACGUCAAUCAGUCAAUUCAAAAUUAUCUUUGGUAGAUCAAAACAAAUCGGAUAUCAAUUCAAAUGCAAUACGGAAUGAAAAUGAUCAUGUAUCCUCUUUUAUCACUGAUUAUGAUGAAUAUGAACAACAACAACCUUCUCCUUGGUCACACUCACCAGCACCUUCACCAGCUUUAAUGGAUCCAGAUGUUAAUCCAUUUUUUCAAUCAACUCCUGAUAUCGAUGACGACGCAUUUAAUCCUGAUACUUCGGAAUCAAUUUGUAAUCAUGAAUCUGUUCCUUUUCCACCUCCAGCCUCAAAUGCUCAUUCUCUUGUACAUAUUCCUAUCGUUCACCCUCCUGAUUUAGAAGACAAACAUAUUUCUUCUUCUUCUUCUUCUUCGACAGAUUCUUCUAGAUGUUAUGCGACUCCUAUUGCCAUCUUAUCUUUUCUAUCUCCUGUUGUACCAUAUCCUGCUGCAUUAUUACAAUGUCUGCGAUCCUUACAAGCUUUUAUUGCAACAAGUCUAUCCAAUGCUUUGGCCUAUUCCCGAUUAGUACAAAAUAGAUUCAAUACUGAUAUGGAUAAUGGAGGAAAUGCUAGAAAACCUUUACUUCGACGACACUCUCACAAAAUAAAACGAUGGCCUAGUCAAACUUUCGGUGGAUCAUCAACAAUGCAAAAAAAAUCAUCGACAAAGUCAAUGGAAUUAGGUGAUGAUGACAAUAAGAAUAACAACAACAAUAUCACUGCCAACGCGAUCAACAACAACAACAACAACAACAACAACAACAAUGAAAAUGAUGCUUGUGUUUAUACCGGCAAAAGUGACAAUAUUGAUGAAUCAUGUGCAACCAAUUGGAAUCAUGAGACAAGUAAUACCAGUAACGCUUCUCACUUGAGAAAUUCUGUACCAAUGAACGAACUAUCAUUAACAAUGGACAACAAUACCCCACUGCCAUCAACAAUUACACAACAUGAAAUGCAACAAGUUAAACAACAAGGAAUAGAAUCAUCUUCUGCACAGCUUCUCAAACCACUAGAGGCUAUACAAUCUCGUGAUCCACAGAUCUCCAUCACAAAUGACGAUGAAUCUCAAUCGCUUUAUAUGUCUACUUCAUCAUCUGAUUCAUCCGGUAUAAAUUCACCUUCAACAAAACCACCGAUUCAAUCAAGCCUCCACUAUGAUCAUCAUACGACCAAAAAACAAGGAAAUGGCAAGAAACAAUAUGGAUUCAAAAAACGACGUAGUUCCACUGUUGCUACGUUUAUGCGACCACGUCAACGAUUAUCAUCAUUAUCAACGUUAGAUGAUCAUGAACGGCUCUAUUCUACUAUGCGACGUACAAGAUCAAGAGAAAAUAUUGAUAAACAUUUAGAAUCCCCAAGGUCAAGUUUAUUACGACUUGUUAUUGACGGUAUCCCAAUUCAUGUUUUUACAUGUUCUACGACUACUGGACAAGUCACUUGGGUUAAUAAUCGUAUAUUACAGUACACAGGAAGAUCACUCCAAGAUCAUCUAGGACCAGGUUGGUUAUCACAUAUGCAUCCUGAUGAUCAAACUGAUUGUCGUAAAGCUUGGGAAAAAGCAUUUGCACAAGGAAAUGGAUUUGCUGGUGAAUAUCGACUCCGAAGAUUCGAUGGUGUUUAUCGUGGAUUUCUUUGGCGUAUUGUACCUUUACGUGAUAUCAAGGGGAAAAUCAUCCAUUGGUUUGGAACUUGUACUGAUGUCCACGAUCAACAAUUAGCCAAAGAAAGUAAUUUACGACAAAUGGAAAUUGAAAGCAACGAACGGAAAUAUCGACUCUUAGCCGAAGCUAUACCACAAAUAGUGUUUACUUUCUCUCCUGGUAUUGGUCUGACGUACGCUAACGGAAAAUGGGAAAAUUAUUCUGCUCAACCAUUUGAACGUACCAAGGGUCUUGGAUUCAUGUCACAAGUACAUCCCGAUGAUAGACACAAGUUACAAUUACCUGACCUUAGUCCUCCAAGAACUGCAGGCGUAUCUUGGCAUACUGAAAUUCGUUUAUUGGGUGGCGAUAGUUGUUAUCGUUGGUUUCUUGUCAAAUGUAUUUCAGUGGAUGAAUUAGAUACUGGUGAAGUGCGAUGGUUUGGUACAUGUACUGAUAUCAAUGAUCACAAAUUAUUGGAACACAAACUGAAAGAAGCUCAUAAUGCUGCUCAAAGAUCUACAGAAAGCAAGACUCGUUUCUUAUCCAAUAUGUCUCAUGAAAUACGAACUCCUUUGAUUGGUAUUACUGGCAUGCUUAACUUUUUAUUGGAUACUGACUUGACUGCCGAACAAAUGGAUUAUGCUCACACCAUUCAACAAUCAGCCGAAUCAUUACUAGUGGUGAUCAAUGAUAUACUGGAUCUCAGUAAAGUGGAAGCAGGAAUGAUGAAAUUGGAAUGGGAACCUUUUAGCCUUGUAACAAUGAUUGAAGACGCCAAUGAACUACUUUCGACUCUUGCUAUUCAAAAGGGAUUAGAACUUAGUUUUUGGGUGGAUGAUGAUGUACCUUCUGUCGUUAUGGGUGAUCGAGUGCGUUUACGACAAGUCUUAUUGAAUCUUAUUGGAAAUGCCAUCAAAUUUACCACUUAUGGGGAAGUCUAUACUCGUUGUACCAUUCAAGAGAAUGCAGAUGUCAAGAAGAAUCAAUUGAUGCUUUUAUUUGAAGUGAUGGAUACUGGAACUGGAUUUGAUUCUGAUGGAGAGGCUGUGAUGUUCAAACCAUUCUCUCAAGUAGACAGUUCGAGCACUCGGAAGCAUGGUGGUAGUGGACUUGGACUUGUUAUCUCUAGACAAUUGAUUGAAUUACAUGGUGGCGAAAUGAAAUGUUCAGGCAAGAAAGGUAUAGGAUCCAUAUUCUCAUUCACAGCAAAAUUCGAUAUUCCAACAUCCGAGACGAUCCCUUUACCGCAAACACCUCAAAACGAAAACAUCGACCCAUUCUUCCGCACUGAAGCAUAUAAAGUAGUUCAUGAUCAAACAUAUCGACAAGAACUUCUUCAACAACAACAAAAACAGCAGCAGCAGCAGCAGCAGCAGCAGCAACAACAACAACAAAUGAUCAACAAACAAAAUGAAAUAUCAUUGACUUCGUCCGUCGAAAAAUCUAUUGGGGAAGGCAUCACUAUCAAAGCAGCAUUCUCUCCUUCACCACUGGCUCAUUCAAAAAAACAUUCUCAAUCUAAUGAAGUGUUAUCGUCAACUGAACAAUUUCAAGAUGUGCUGAUCAAUAAACCUGUUAGCAUGCAGCUGAAACCACCACCAAAGCGAAGAUCACAAGCAAAACAAUCAAGUUCAUCUUUAUCUUCUACUUCGUCAUCAUCAUCAUCAACAACAACAACAACAACAAAAGCAUUAGCAGCAACAACAACGUCAUCAGCAUCCUCACCAGCAAAAGAACAUACCCCGUUGCCAUCUAUGGUUAGCGCUCCUACACUUACCUUGGACGAUGCAGUAGGAUCAACACCAUCCACUACUGCCUUCAAUACACCUGUACUAUCUAGAACAUUUUCCAUUACUUCAUCAUCAUCCCCUGAUCUGAUAUCAACAAACACAACAGUUAUCUUACCACCACGAACACCGACUCGACAAGCACCUCUACGCGCCUUGAUUGUAUGCGAAUGGGAACAUUCAAGAAGCACAAUGGAGCAACAUGUACGAAAAAUUGUCAGUGGGCUCUGCUCACAUCAAGAUUACAUUUUGGAUAUCGCCAACAGUAUCACCGAAGCUCAAUCUUAUCUUUCUGAUCUAUCAUCGGGAAGUUACGACUAUAUCCUGGUGAAUCUUCGAUCUGAACAAGACAUCUUGAAUCUGACAAGUUCUGUGUGUGAAUCACCUAUACACCGUGAUGCUAACAUAUUGAUAGUGACAACACCUAUCCAACGAUCUUUGAUUAUGGAAUAUGCAGCAUCAGGAUAUUAUGGUCACAAAGAUACCAUCCCUCGAAGUUGUGGAUUUGUUUUCAAACCUCUCAAACGGAGCAAACUGAAUUGGUAUUUUGGUAUACGUGGAAGUCACUCUCAAAAGGAAAAUCAUCUAUGCGGCACAAAAGGAACAUACUCUGGCCCUGAUUCAUCUCAUCGUAGCGCCAAUACACAAAAGGAAGUAUUCCGGAAAAUGGAAGCUGAUGUUGGUGGUAGAGGAUUCCGUAUAUUGCUAGUGGAAGACAACUUGGUCAAUCAAAAAGUUCUCACAAGAUAUCUCGUACGUGUGGGUCUACUUGUGGAUGUGGCAAACGAUGGUGAAGAAUGCGUGAAAAACUUUCUGGAAAAGCCUUACGGAUAUUAUUCUUUGAUAUUAUGUGAUUUGUUUAUGCCAGUCAAAGAUGGAUAUGAAGCUACUAAGGAAAUACGUCAAUGGGAAGAAAAACAUAUUGAUGGUACUGAUCAACAACGGAUACCUAUUGUAGCUCUAUCAGCCAAUGUGAUGAGCAAUGUUGCCAGUAAAUGUCUCGAAUGCGGUUUCUCGACCUAUAUUUCCAAACCUGUCAACUUUGCUAUACUUAGUGAUGUGAUUCGUAGUUAUUUACUGCCAGAAUCUCAUCUGUACCUUAGUUGAUCCUUCUUUUUAGUCUAUUUUAUCGUAUAUAUAUAUUUCUUACCUUAUGUUUACAUCAUCAUGCCUUAUUCCAAAUAAAUAGAUAAUGAAACUUG